AAUGAUUAUUUAAUAAAUCUUUCUAAACCGAGUUUCAAUAUAAAAAAUCCGUCAUGUUUCUCACAUUAAAAUUACUUUCAAAUAGACAUCCUUCCUUCAUAGCUCGUACUGUUUUUGUAAAAAACAAUAACGUGGAUGAUGCCUGUAGAUUACUAAACAGAAUUCUUGGGAAAGAAGGCAUUCUGGAGCAAUUCAGACUGACAAGAUAUUAUGAGAAACCCUUUCAGACACGACGGCGCAUUAAUCAUGAGAAAUGUAAAGCUAUCUACAAUGAAGACAUGGAGCGUAAAAUAAAGUUUGUGCUGAGGAAGAACCGACAUGAGCCAUUUCCAGGAUGCCACUGAAGAACUCUUUAGAUACCUAAUAGCAUUGUAGUUAUCUUAAUAUAA